AAAAGUCGAAUCCGUAAUUAGUAGGCCUCAGAAAUCUCUUUAUAAUAUAUUAAGCUUUUUAGCAGUCUCAUAUCAGUUUCCUAUAAAUUCCCCCACACGAUUCCAAUGGAUUCGGUUCCAUCCAGAGACACAGAAAAAGACCGAUCCAUGGAUCACUCGACCUCCUCCGGCAACGACGUGCUCUUCGUUGAGCAUUGUAAAGGCGUUAACGGCCUCGAGAGAGUCAUUUUGCGCGAGGCCCGUGGCUCAUCUGUUGAGGUAUAUCUCUAUGGAGGACAAGUAACAUCUUGGAAGAAUGAAUAUGGGGAAGAAUUGCUUUUUGUUAGUAGCAAGGCUACAUUUAAACCUCCAAAGGCUAUUCGUGGAGGCAUUCCAAUUUGCUUUCCUCAAUUUGGCAGUCAUGGUUCUCUUGAGCAACACGGAUUUGCAAGGAACAUGGCGUGGAGCAUUGAUCAUGAUCCUCCACCAUUUCCAACUAAUACCUCCAACAGGGCCUUUAUUGAUUUAAUCCUUAAGCACGCUGACGAAGAUGUGAAAUUUUGGCCUCACAGAUACGAGUUUCGCCUAAGGAUAACUCUUGGACUUACUGGAGAUUUGAUGUUGACUUCUCGCAUUCGAAAUACAAAUACAGAUGGGAAAUCGUUUGCAUUUACAUUUGCCUAUCACACCUACUUUGUUGUUUCAGAUAUCAGUGAAGUGCGGGUAGAAGGAUUAGAGACACUUGAUUAUCUGGACAACUUGAAGGGUAAAGAGCGAUUUACCGAACAGGGGGAUGCAAUAACAUUUGAAUCAGAAGUAGACAAUAUAUAUUUGAGUACACCUACAAAAAUUGCUAUUCUGGACCAUGAGAGGAAGCGGACUUUUGUGUUGCGGAAGGAUGGACUUCCAGAUGCUGUGGUCUGGAAUCCAUGGGAUAAGAAAGCUAAGUCAAUGAUUGAUUUUGGUGAUGACGAGUACAAGCAUAUGUUAUGUGUGGGGGCCGCAUGUGUGGAAAAGCCAAUUGUGCUGAAACCUGGUGAAGAAUGGAGAGGACGACAGGAGAUCUCUACUGUUUCUUCCAGUUACUGUAGUGGAAAACUGGAUCUACAAAAUGUAGUCCUAAGCGAUUGAAGCAUGGUGUUCUUUGUGGCGGAUUCCACCUAAAGGUACUACUUGUUUGGCAUCGUGCAUCUCGUCGCAAUCUGUGUAUUCUUGCCAGGUUUUUUUCAGAAGGCAAGAGUUCUAAGGGUAGGUAAAUAAAAAGAAAAAGAGGCAGUUAAGUAAGAGGUCUUAGUAUGUUGUAAAUGUCUUGGCCUUCUGCCUACUGAAGAAGGAAAUGAAGAACAGGAGAAUGAUAAGCAUUUAGGGUUCAUUUUUUUUUCUCCCUUUUCUGAAUGAUUUAAAUUGAAUUAUUGUCUUUGGUUUAGGAAAUUUAUUAUCUAUUUUUUUGGUCUUUGUGAAAUGGUGGGAAUUUUUCCUCUGGUAAUGCAUCUGGACAUGAGAAAAAAAAUUAAAUUUUUGGUCCUAUUUGUAAUUAAAAUUUUCAGUUGAAAUUUUGUGUCAA